AGUGUCGGCAGGUCUCAGUCACUGGUGCACUUAUUUCGAGUCAGGGUCCUUUAUUGUCAAGUCUGACAUGAUCUGGAGACUCGUGGUCCUCGGUGGGAUGUGCGUCCUUCUUCUGGGUGCUGAAGGCAGCAGGACGGUGACUUUCCGUCGGACUCAGCAGGAUGGGAACCAGGGGCAAACGCGCGCGCGCUCUAGGAGGGAUAUGAGCAGCCCCUCCGGGACCCCCAGGCCUGCUCAUGGUCCUCCCUUCACCUCCUGCCGGACCCCCCUCACCCCCCACGAGCACGACGUUCUGGAUGCCAAUAGGCAUGAGACAGGGUUUAAUGGUGAUGAUGGCUCCUAUGUGAUUCUCACAUGGGUGGGUGAUGGUACAGGGGUCGUCCUGGUGCUGUCAACAUUUAGUGCUCCGAUAGACUCGUUCCUAGAAGGCGGCUCUUCUCGACUCUAUCGAAGCACGGAUUACGCAAAAUCCUUCCAUGACAUUUCCCAUCGGAUCAACAACACCUUCAUCAGGGAGGAGUUUGGAGUCAGUGUUGGACCAGGGAGCUCUGUGAUACUGACAGCAGACAUACCUGUGGUGGACCACCCAGGCGGGAUCAUCUUCACCUCCACAGACGCCGGUGCGACCUUCAAGUUCAUCCAACUACCCUUCCACCUGGCCCAGCCAAUCACGUACCACUUCCUCAACCCCGACUACCUUGUGGCCCUCAGCAUUGAUGGCGGUCUGUGGCUCUCUCUGGACUUUGGCGCCAAGUGGACAAAAGUUCAUGAUGGAGUGCAUUCUUUCUCAUGGGGGGCCGGCAUUAAUUUGUUCUUCAGCUACAGUCAAACAGACACGGUUGAGGCAGAUGAGCGGGGGGAUUUAGUGCUGAAGAGGACCAAAGAUCUGGGGAAGACCUUCACCACAAUCCACGAGGACAUCUACAGUUUUGGCUACAUCGGAGCGUUUCUCUUCUUCUCUGUGAUGGAGGACUCGAGAUCCCCUCGUGUCAUGUACUUCUCAUCAGACCAAGGAGAUACCUUCAGUCAAGCGCUGCUGCCCUCUGCCUCCACUGAGCAGUUUUACUCCAUCCUGGAUGGAGAUGAAGAUAUGCUCUUCAUGCAUGUGGACAACCCAGGAGACACCUACUUUGGAACCAUGUACACGUCCGAUGACCGGGGCAUCUUAUUCUCCAAAUCGCUAGAGCGCCACCUGUUUGAUGGGCAGAGGAAGAGUGAUUUCACCAACAUAACGUCACUGAGAGGAGUCUACCUCACAAAUAAACUGGACGAAGAUGGCCGUAUAAGAUCUGUCAUUUCCUUUAAUAGAGGAGGGACGUGGAGGCUACUCAACAAACCCGAGAACGUGGAAUGUGCAGAGCAUGUCAGGAAUUGCAACCUUCAUAUUCAUGGAGAGCACAGUCGCAACAUUCGCAUCGUUCCCAUGCUGGCUCUGUCUGAACCAACUGCUAUUGGUCUGGUUAUCGCCCAUGGUACGGUGGGUGACUCUCUGUCAUCGUCACAGCACCCAGAUGUGUUCGUCUCCUCAGAUGGGGGUUAUAACUGGAGGGGGACGCUAAGGGGUCCCCACCACUACAGCAUAUUAGACUCUGGAGGUCUCAUUGUGGCUGUGGAGGCCCAGCAUGAAGGACAAGUCAAGACUAUCAAGUUCUCCACAGACGAAGGCCGGUGCUGGAAGUCCUACAACUUCACCAAGCAGCCCUUCUUCUUUGCAGGCCUGGCGUCUGAGCCGGGGACCAAGGCCAUGAAUGUGAGCGUGUGGGGCUUCCGGCCUGAGGACGACGGCCAGCCAAUGUGGGUGGCGGUCACCAUUGAUUUUCAGAGCCUCAUUACAAGAGAGUGUAAUGAUGAGGACUAUGAGGAGUGGUUGGCUCAUGCUACAGGCGACUCGGAGAGAAACGGCUGUCUCCUGGGUGUCAGAGAGACGUACAGGAGGCUAAAGAAAGAAUCUGUGUGCAGAAAUGGGCGAAGCUUUGUGGUGAGCAAGGAGCAAAGACCCUGCCUGUGCACCAGAGAAGAUUACUUAUGCGACUACGGUUACCAUCGCCAUGUGAACACCUCAGAGUGUGUGAGACAACCCAGCGCUCCAAAUAAAACCCUGGAGCUCUGUCUGAAUGGAGAGGAGGAUGAGCUCCUCACAGCAGGGUACCGUAAGGUCCCCAGUGAUCGGUGUGAGGGGGGAUUCAGCCCUCAGCUCAGUGCGCAGACAGUCAUCAGUCCCUGUGGGGUUAAACCCAGCCCAGGUCCCCCUGCCAGGUCCUCGUCUCCAGUCACACACUUUGACACACCGCGAGAGAGGCUGGUGUUGAUCCUGGUGUGUGCAGGAGCAGGGGUCAUCGUCCUGAUAGCUGUUGUUUCCUCUGUCUUUGCUGUCAAGAGGAUGGUUUACAGAAACAUGUCACCGACGUAUCGUUUCUCCAACCUCAGGAGUCAGCUUGAUGAUAACGGCAUCACAGGUGAUCUUGAGAGCGCCACCAGCAGCAACGGAACGGCCUGCCAGCAGGACUCAGAUGAUGAUCUUAUUGACUGACACAUGACACCUCCUCAUGGAUAUAAUGAAUGUUCAAGAUGGAGACCAGCUGUGUUGAUAAAGACUGUCGGUGGCAUUUUGUUGGACUUAUCCCUGAUUUUGAUGGGAGCGCCCUUUGUGGCACGUUUGGAGGAUGUGGAGGACAAGCAUGAGAAUGUCAUAAUUUAUUGAGCUUGCUUUAUUUCAUUGCUUUACUCUUUGAUUUGUACAGUAUUUUUUAUUUUAUUUUAUUUUAAUCUGUGCUGCAUCAUAUUUUUACUUUCUGUUCAAUGUGAAAAUAAACUUAA